AUGUCUGCCCUAGAUGUGAUGUAUGCGAAUCCAUCCCGUUUCGAGACCUUUUUUGAUGUGGCCCGGAAGCUCCCUCACAUACGGGAGGCAAACAUGUUGUCCAUUGACCCCAAGACUUGUAAUGCGAGGCUAAUCUUAGACCCCGUCACGAAUGACAGGCGAAUGAAAGUCAUGGACGAUGUCAGAGACAUAGUUCUCGAUCCGCUUCAUGAUGACUCGGGAGUCCCUUACGCACAAUUUAGGCUUCCGCAUUCGUUUAAUAUCCCCUCCGCGUUUGUAAAAUACAUUGGUACAUUUAUCGUUUGCCUCAUUCAAGGCCCAUCGCAGCACAACACUACAUUGACAAUCCCGCAACAGGAGAACAUGGCAACGUUAGCGUCCCAACAGCAAUCUGCGACGCUGUCUGAUCGUGGUAUUGGGAUCUGGCUGACGCAAUUGCCCCGAUACGCCGAAGUGGUAUCACUUACAGAUGACGCAUAUGAGGAUAACUUGGUCCGCAAGAGGGAAAUAAGUGAUCCUCCUCCCCUAGUAUACAGAGACUGGCAAGAGUUAGUCCAUCCAUUAGGCGGUACAUAUUUCUAUAAUUCCAGAAAGAACACGUAUACGUUGACGAACUUGAGGAACUCGAGAAGUCUACAGACACUCGAUGGGUUCGUAAACGCAUCACGAGCCACGGCGAAAGAAGAUGCGUGGACGUUGGUCGUCCAGCCGAUGGUCUUUAUGGGCAAAGAAAGGUUUCAAUAUUAUUAUGUAGUCCCCGGCAGUCGCAUCAUUGCCUGGCUGGAGGAUCUAGAUGGCUACAUUCUCUUCCGAGCUUGUGUCAAGCCAAGCGAAUGGAGGCACAAAAGACUUGAAUUAGAAGCUCAAUAUUGGAAACAUUUCGAGUACUUUCCACAUGAUUUGAGAAUGUCUCGAUCGGAAGUGAGAUGUAUACGAGGAGAACUGGUUUGCUACCUUGCAGAAGCAACGACUUUGAGACAAUCCACUGCGGCGUCCAUAUUCUGGACUUUGGACGAGAUGAAUCAAAUUGUCGGUCAACUGGCCUAUGUUGAAGAAAUCACGGAGAAUGAUCUGGUCCCAGAAACCGGAGUCGUAUCAUGUUGCAGAAUCAUGUACAUGCUACGACAUCACCAGUAUUUGCACCGCCAUAACCAACCUGAGGCUCGCCUAAUCCGAACACAUACAGUAAGAGAGAAGCACAGAAAGUUCAAACUUCUGCAUUUUAUGGGCAACGCCGCAGCUACGAUGUUCUGCAUGCCCAUCACUAUUGCUCGCGUCAAGAGCACUUCCGUCGAUGGUAUCAUAAAUGGGGUAGAAGUUCAGUCGUUUAUCAAUGAUUUCGGCAGUCAGACUCGAAAUCAAAUCACCCUGGCAGGUAUCUCCAUGGCCUUGGAUAUUGCUAUUCUUGCCAUCCCAUGGUGUCGGCUGUAUUUUUGCGGGCACAAUAAUACACCACUUCGGCGAGAGGAUGAGAUCUUUGGACUUUGCGGCCUAUUAUCUGCGAAAGAAGAUGGUGAUGCUUCUGGUUAUUACAAGCAUACCGACUUGUUUUUGCGUAUUGAGGUGAGCAAAAGUGAUUAA